UUUAUUUUCUUUAAUGUCAAAAUGGCGACACAAUAAGAGCCGUUUCGAGAGUGAUAAAGUAUAGCAGACGAAUAGCGGAGUGCUUGCAGUCAAUUGUAACUUGUAUUGGGACUUCUUGACCAAGAUGAGAAGAGAGACUGACCAAUGUCCAGUAUCAUAGACUGACCAGUAAUAUGAGUGUGUGGAAGAGACUCCAGCGGGUCGGGAAAUCCGCAUCCAAAUACCAGUUCACCUGUUCUUAUCAGGAACUGGAGGUAGAGUGUACCAAAAAAUGGCAACCUAACAAGCUGUGUGUGGUGUGGACCAGAAGGAGUCGGAGGAAAUCAACACAGCCACACACCUGGGAGCCGACCAUCCAGAAUCCUUACCGAGGCCUGGUAACAUGGACUGUACCAGAAAAUGUGGAGAUUCAAGUUACGUUGUUCCGUGACCACAACCAUCCGGACUUCGAGGACAAGGAGUGGGUCUUCGCUAUCGAAGAUUACUCGCGUGGAGGCAGAAGGAAGAUACUUGCUACUGCACCUAUCAACAUGAAGGAUUUUGCGACACAGGUUCCCACCCAACACACGAUGAAACUGAAACUUAAACCGAUGACCAGGAAGAUUGUGUCUGCCUCCAUACAGUUUACACUAUCAUGUGUGUUUCUACGAGAAGGAAAAGCCACAGACGAGGAUAUGCAGAGUGUAGCGAGUAUGCUGAGUAUUGGUCGGGCCGAUAUCGGGAAUCUGGAGGAACUUGAGGACGAGGAUGUUGAAGAUAAAAGCUUCUCUUCGAAAAUAUCAGAGAUUACGUCAGAAUUGUCUAAACUAGACGACAUGGAUGAUGGUAAUCCGUUUGAAGAGGAUUAUAGUAAUCCGUUUUACUCCGACUCCAAUCCUUUUGGUGACCCAGAUUUGGAUUGUACUGGUGAUCAUGAAGCAUGGUUUGAGCCUGUCAAGAAAAAGCCAGAAAAGAAGGAGAGUAUGAAUCCGUUUGAGGACAGUGGUAGUUCUGAGGGAGUAGACAGCAAAGCUGGCAGUACAGAGGGGGUGGAUCACAGCAGUAGUAGUAAAAUCGGCAGCAGCACUGCUCCCAGUAAGUCCAGUAGCUUGGAUUACAAUCCUUUCGAUGAACCUACCCCUCCCGAUCGAGCUAUCGGCAUGGCUAGUCCACUCUCCGAGAGGCUUAUCAAUGAUGCUCAGAAGCACAGCCAACAGAACACGCCACAAAAGUUCAACACAUUGCCAUCAAAAACUAAAAAGAAAGCCCCCGCUCCACCUGUCCCUCAAAAUGGUGACUCCUCCCCCAAACACAAGCCUCAGGUGAAGCUAAAGACGUCCAGGUCAGAACAUUCGGCCAUUGAGAGACCGAUAUAUGAAGGUACACCGCCAUCUACGCCAGAAACUAAGAGGAAACUGCUGAGACCUAUAACUCCGCCCCCAGACGCUCAGGCUGAUUCUAUGGAGACGUCCACAGAAUUUUCUUCCACAGCGUCGAGCCCUAGUAAACGAUUAUCUUCUGAAUGCUCCCCUGUAAAAGGAGAGAGCAGAAAUGUGUUAGAAGCCUUGGACCUCAAUCAGAAUGAAUCUCCUACACACAACAGCAACAGCUCCAGUCAAAACCUGCUUGACUGGUGCAAAGAGGUCACUAAAGGUUACAAAGGGGUCAAGGUCACCAACUUGACAACAUCGUGGAGGAAUGGGAUGGCUUUCUGUGCAAUUGUUCAUCAUUUUAGACCAGAUCUCGUAAAUUUUAAGUCACUGGCUUCUCAUGACAUCAAAGGAAACAACAAAAUUGCGUUUGAUGCUACAGCCAAGCUAGGAAUUCCGCGUGUGAUAGAGCCGUCCGACAUGGUCCUACUCCAGGUCCCCGACAAGCUUGCUGUGAUGACGUACCUCCAUCAGUUACGUGUAUAUUUCACCGGUCAAACGCUCGAGAUCCAACAAAUCGGUGUCAACACUGCCGAGAGCACAUACACUCUCGGUGAGAUGGACCGCCAAGUUGAGGCUGAGAUCUCUAACGAGAUGUAUGGUGACAGAAUGCAGCCAAAGGUUGCUAAGCAACGCUCUCCGAGUAAGGAGAAUAUCCCUGUUGGGGAGGAGACAGACAAUAAGGGGGAUACAGUGGAUGGAGGAAGACGAAGGAGAAUUAGUAAGGAGAAAACUCCAGAGAUGGAAUCUAGUGCUUCUGGACGUAAGCAUAGCAGAGAUAGCACACCGGGUUCUGAUUCUCAAAGUGACAGCAAAAGUGUUAGUAAGAUGGACCGGAAAAAAAUCUCUGUAGCAGAUUUAAAAGUGACUAAACACAGUUCUUCUCCUCCAACUACUAAGCAUACUUCUAAGGAACGUAAUUCUCCUGCAAAAGACGAUUUGUCCUCUAAAAAGAAACCUGUGAUGACGCGGAAACAACUGUACAAUCCGUUUGAUUCCGAUUCGGACGAUGAGGAUAUGAGCAGUGAGGGUCCUGAUGCUGGGUCCCAUGCCGGGUCUUCUAUACCCACCAGUAAUUCCACUAGUCCCUCAGUGAGUGCUCACUCGUCUCGCGGUGGAACACCCGCUGAAACACAUAAAUGUAUUGCUGACAAACCUGUGGCCACCAGUACUCCUGAUAAGCCGGAAAAUCGAAAGUCGCGCCACGAGGAGCUGAAGGAGAGAGCAAAGUUACUGUUGGAACAGGCCCGGAAAGAUGCUGGUCUCGACAUUCCCGUCCGAUCUGUUCAAAGGUCACCAGAGAAAGAAAAAACAAAGGAAAGUCCCAGUUCCCCGGAGAAAGAACCAAUCAAGCCCACUCCAUCACCUUCUAGUCCCACACAGAGUAAUGAGGAAAAACAGAAGCGGUUACGAGAAAGAGCAAAAUUGUUGAUUGAAGAAGCUCGGGCCAGUCUUGACCAAACCAAAUCUAUAGAGCGACAGUCCAGCACGGCAUCGGAAGGGUCACAAGACACCGACAAGGAGUCAGUUUUAAGGAAGCCUAAAGCCAAGAGAAUUACAUCCUCUCAACUUUUUGUGAUGAGAAGUGUGACUUUGGAUGCAAACAGCCGAGAAGUUCCCAAAAAACUUGACCUCAAACUGAAGAAAUUCAGUGUGAAAAGGACCGACCUUGUCUCACAGUUAUCUCAGGACAAAACGCCAUCCCCACAACAGGAGGAAGUAAAACCUGUCAAUGGCCGAAAGGUUAUCACACCUGUCUCCCCUCUCUCAUUCAGCGGAGAUAUUUCCAUCGAUGGAAGUGAAGGAUCGGGAGAUACACGAGACUCGUUGGAUAUUGACGAGUUGUUGAGUAAACGGGAUGAAGUCCAGUCAUCAGACACUGAAGUUUACUUGAAUUUACAGGACACAAAUCAGUACGUACACAGUGAGAUGGAGGCUCUAGAACGAGAGCAGAAACAGAUUGACGAUGAAGCUCAAGGUCUAGAGAGUCAGCUCAGGGUUGUCAUGGCUAAAGGCAAGAACAAAGCUUUAGAGGAAAAACUGAUGCAGGAGUGGUUUUUAUUGGUCAAUAAACGUAAUGCUCUUAUUCGCCGACAGAUGCAGCUAAAUAUAUUAGAAAAAGAGGACGAUUUGGAGCGACGAUUUGAGUUGUUGAAUCGGGAACUACGCGCUAUGAUGGCGAUUGAAGAUUGGCAGAAGACACAAGCUCAGAAACACAGAGAAAAGCUACUGCUCGAAGAAUUGGUCGCCAUCGUCAACAAACGGGAUGAACUUGUCCAGCAUCUGGACACACAGGAGAGAGCAAUUGAGGAUGAAGAAAAGUUGGACCAGGUGGUGUCGGAAGGGAAGUUCCUACACCAACAAGAUAAACAAUGCUGUGUUCAGUAAACUACCAUCUUGAACAUAAGGACCCGCUGAAACAAUGUGGGAUUUCUUUUACUGCCAGGGGUUGCUCCUUAUGAGGAUCCACAGAACUGGAAGGAAGUCAGUGCUACGUGGCUCCAUGAAAACUCGAAGGGAGUCAAUGCUGCGUGGCUCCAUGAAAACUCGAAGGGAGUCAAUGCUACGUGGCUCCGUCAAAUUUAAAAAGGAGUCCAUGAUAAUGUGGUGCCACCAAAUCUAAAAGAAGCCUAGGCUACAUGGCUCCACCAAAUCCUGAAAUAUCUCAAUGCUGAUGUUGCUCCACUUAAAACAAAAGUGGGUAAUUUAAACUCAGAAUUGGGUACUUCCAAUAAGGAAGUGGAAUGAUUUUAGCUCAGAAUGUGGCACCACCUAAACAGGAAGUGGGUAAUGUUUACUCAGAAUGUGGCAUCCCCUGAACAGGAAGUGAAUAAGGUUAACUCAGAAUGUGGCACCACCUAAACAGGAAGUGGUGUGUGUUUAUUAAGAAUGUGGCACCACCUGAACAGGAAGUGGGUAAGGUUAACUCAUAAUGUGGCACCACCUAAACAGGAACUAGUUAAUGUUUACUCAGAAUGUGGCACCACCCUAACAGGAACUGGUUAAUGUUCACUCAAAAUGUGGCAACACCUAAACAAAAGCUGGUUGAUGUUUACUCAGAAUGUGGCACCACCCUAACAGGAACUGGUUAAUGUUUACUCAGAAUGUGGCACCACCUUAACAGGAAGUGGGUGAAGUUUACUCAAUAUAUCUCUCUAUCGAAUCAGGAAGUGGGUAAGGUAAUCUCAUGAUGUGGCACCAACUGAACAGGAAGUGUGUAAAGUUUACUCAAGAUGUGUCACCACCUCCAAGAGGAAGUGAGUAAAGUGAACUCAAAAUGUGGUGCCAGCUAAACAGGAAGUUGGUGAAUGUUACUGUAGGUGCAGUACUGCCUACAACAGGGAAGAUCAGAAUAUCGGUUACCGCCUAAACAGGAUAUUGGGUAAAAAGGUACAAAAAUGUGUCACCACAUAAAACAGGAAGUAGGUCAAAAAUAUUUCAGAAUGUGGGCAUUAUGUACCGGGGAUCUAGUAACAAAUACAUAAAAAUGAAUAUCACGAGACAGACUAAUAGCGAGGGGGCAGAUGACAGAAAGGUUUGUGUAAUGGGUGAGGGAGCCAAUAUUUGUGUCGAGGAGAUAUGGGCGAGGUGCCUGAAGGAGUGUGUGCAUAAGAACAGGAUGUAAAUAUGUGUAUACGGUAGAGAGAGGAAGAACAUUAAGAAUGUCCCAUCGUGAUGAUGUUGGUUUUGUAAGGAUAUAUAUUUUUCUCGAUACUGAACUCAAGGAUACAAGAAACAUUAAUCCGUUUACAUGUUAAUUCUUCAUAAGCUAUAGAUUUUUUCAAGGUCAAGAUUUAUGAUAAAUACAGUCAUCAUUAGUUGAAGUGAGGAUUAUUUAGAUACUCUGUAAGUUCUAUAUGUACUUUUGCUGAUCUUUACGAGGUUUUGUUAAAAGUUAACACUCGCAACAUAGAAAAAUCGUGGAAUGUUGUGAUUUUAACUGUGUACUGUAAUUAUCCCUACAAAAAUCCAAUACAUCUGUUACCUUGUUAGGGGGGCGCAGUGGCUGAGUGGUCAAGGUGUCCCGACACUUUAUCACUAGCCCUCCACCUCUGGGUUGCGAGUUCGUAACCUACGUGGGGCAGUUGCCAGGUACUGACUGAAGGCCAGUGGUUUU